AUUGGAGAGCAGGAGUAUCGCAUUGACAUGAAGUGCAUUGAGCCGUACAGAAGAGUCAUUUCUCACGGAGGUUAUUAUGCUGAGAAGAAUGCCAUCAUAGUGUUUGCAGCAUGUUUCUUACCAGACAGCGACAGUGACAAUUACAAUUAUGUCAUGGAAAACCUUUUUCUGUAUGUAAUAAGUACCUUGGAACUGAUGGUAGCAGAGGAUUACAUGAUUGUUUACCUGAAUGGGGCCACACCUCGGAGGAGGAUGCCGGGAUUUACUUGGAUGAAGAGGUGCUACCAAAUGAUAGACAGAAGACUGAAGAAAAACCUGAAGAUGUUCAUCAUUGUUCACUCUUCCUGGUUCAUACGGACUUUACUCGGAAUCACCAAACCCUUCAUAAGCUCCAAGUUCAGCAGUAAAAUCAAGUAUGUGAAUAGUCUGCGAGAGCUUGGAGAAAUUAUCCCAAUGGAGUACGUCCACAUUCCACCCAGCAUCGUCAAGUAUGACGAGGAGAGGGGUAUACACAAAUUUGCAUGUCUGAGACUGGAUACAGACUUGCAGGACACAGCAGCUAAAGUCGACAAGGGGAACUCGGCUGUUUGACAAGAUCCCUGGCUGAUGCCUGUCUUCUCCAUGCAUAUUGCUGUACUCUACUACAGCAUGUCUGAAUAUGAAAGUCAGCGUGCAGCAUGGCACGUACAGCAAAUAGUUGUUAGGGCAACAACUAGCAGUGGGUCAGGCAACUUCUCUUUCAUGAAGGAAAAUGAAAAUGUGAGGGUGCUAUAUAGACAGUACUCUAGUUUGUAUUGCAGAGACCGCCACUGUGCUGAAAGGAGGGUGCUCUUACAUUAGGUUUAGUUUCUUUUGCCUUUCAUUUGAGCUAUUAAUAUUAAUAUGUAACAGAUUUUAUGGGUAUCGUUGAAUUUCCUCACUGACUUAUUGCAUUUAUGUAUUCAUAAAAUGAAUGUAUUAAUAAUUAACCCAUCAUGUUGCUAAAUAUUAAGUUUGUAAAGGCAAUGUGAGGUGCAUCAUGCAUUUAACAUAUAACCAAAUACAAGCCAACAGAAGACAUAUUCAACUGCGUGUUCUCGCAAGUUAACAUUUGUGGACGAUACUGUAAUGUAGCUCUGUCAAUAGACUGUAAUGUUGAGUGAAUCUCUAUUUAGACUACAAUUUAAGGUCAUCAAGGUUUACAACACUUUAUUCCAUACACAAAAUGAUACAAACAUCUUUGUACUUUACAAGCCUUACUGUACAGGCAGGACACAGUGGCCGAGCUAUUUGUGAAGAGUUUACAAAGGUGCAGACGCCACCUGUCACAGUGAGGUUUAACAUUGUGUCACAAUAUCGUUCAGUGCCUCGUCAAAUCUUUUUAAAAGAAAAAAAAAAGCUGUCAGUAGCCCUUAUGUGUCACUGUGAAAAUAAAGCAACUUGAUAUAAGUAAGCAAAAAAAGCUGAUAUCAGCAGCUGCAGUAAUAUGUUGCAUGCUUUCAGUUGUUGAAGUGUACUCAGAUCUAAUUACUCACCCUAACGCAGAAUAGUGCGCUGUUAUAAUAAUAUUUAAAGAUGGUUCAUCUGAGUUGUGUGUGAGAAAAAGAGAGGCUGUUUGGAAGUGGAGAGGAAAUAAGGCGAUAGUGUAUGUUACAAUGACAGGGCACGGGCUAGAAGGUGUCCACCUCGCAGUUUUGGGCACGUCUGUUUUUGUUUCUUUAUAUUUGUACAUGUUUGUUCGUGGCUGGCAUAGUAUUUAUUUGCUGUAAAAUAUGUAAAAUGAUUCACUUCAUUAAAAUGUGUUCCUCCCAA